ACAUUCGCCUAUCACCCUUCUUUCAUUGAUAUAGGCAAACCCCUUCCACUUCCUAACCUGAAGCAGCUUCGUGUUUUCUCUGUAUCAGGGGCCCUUUUCGAGAGCGACUUCGAAAAAAUCGCUCAUCAUCCGAUUAUGUCAAAUAACCUCAAGACACUUCACUUAUCUCAAGACCGGAUACGUUAUUCAAGUAUUCCAUUUGACAGCCAUAUUCCGGCAACCGUUUCUGAUUUGCGAUUGCAUGGGUUGACAUUGGAAAGUAUCGGAAAAGUCACUUAUCGGAAUAUCACAUCGUUAGACCUCGGGACCCUUAUGUCUACCAAUCGAGAAUGGGAUGCUCUAUGGGACAUUUUAUCUUCUCAGCAGAUCCACCUUCGUGACUUUGCUAUUCAUCGUAUCACCAGAUUGGCUCAUCAUGACAUGGACAAAAUGCUGAAUUAUUUCCAGUCCUACUCUGGCUUGGAAUCGUUUAUCCUCAAAGGGCCUAUAUGGUAUGAUCCAUCCUUGUAUGAUUCCUAUGCCAUCAAGUUUUAUGAAAAUGUCUUACCAAUGCAUGUGGAAACAUUGGAAACAUUGGAGUUGAAGCCGGAAUUCGAGAGUAAGUGGUGUUUUGGGGUUGACAAUAUAAAUGUUUUGAGGAGGUGCAAGAGAUUGCGGAGCCUUUGGUUAAAAGUGGAUCAUAGGGGAUUGGAACCGGAUUUGAUUCUCGAACGUUCGGUGGUUGGUACACUGUACGGCGACGGGAACUCCCCCAUGCUAUUUGGCUCAAGUUCUGCUGGAGCAUCUUAUCUAAAUCUUGUGGUAUGUCAGAUUUUGCCGUUUCUCUGCUGAUGCUCAUAAUGAUUUCGAAACCGCUCAGCACCUUCUACUUCAGUUGGUUUC